AUGAAGGUGCCUGAAGAAGUGGACCUGGGGGCUUUUUGGCCUCAGCAGUUGAGCCUCGUAGUCUACGACGAGGCUGGCCGAGUCGAGCAAAGUGGGCUCGUCGAGGCAGAAACCGUCUGCCCGGUUUGUCUGUUUGGCGAGAUGGGCUCGAAGGGAUUUUAUGCUGCUCACUCGACCAACCAGAACUGGGCAAUGGGAAAUGGUCGGUCGGACGGUCGGUCGGUCGGUGGGUCGGUCUUUUCGACUCGUACCACUUUUCUGUCUGUCUGUCUGUCGCUCUGUCUGUAUGCCUGUAUGCAUGUCUGCGUGUGUUUGCUGACUGACGGGCUGGCGAGAGAAGGUGGAGACGAAACGCCGGGCCUGCUCACAGUUCUGGAAGCGAGAGUUGGCCGAGUUCAGCCUAUGUUGGAUGGACAAGGUAUGGCAGAGGCUGAGGCAUGCGGCUCGAGUCGACGGAGUAGAGGAUGGAGAUGGAGGAGACCAAGAAAAUGGAAUGGAUAG